AUGCCUAAACCAAACCGACGAACUCUCCAAUCACGUAGUGCAUCAGCUCGUCGAGGGGAAAAUGCAACGAUUCCAAGUCCAUCUGAUUUUCCAAAUGAUGAUUAUCAUAUGGAGGUUGACAAUUUAAAAUUAGAUUUCAUGGAGAAACUAACACUUUCAAGUAUUGAAGAUCUGGCUGAAAUGUGUCGUUUACAAUGCGACAGAAAAUAUCUUAGUGUAUUACUCUACAUGUCAUUACGAUAUUUUUAA